CUUCAUACUGCCCAUCUUCAAAGUUCAGCCAAGAUAAAUAUGGGGUCUCCUGCACCUCAUCACCGACACCAGUCAUCACUAGAGGGAACCAUUGACUUUUCUCCACGACCAAGUCCUUUCUUCAGCCCAGAUGAGCUUGAUAAAGCCGCUGGUAUUCUCCGACGCCUUGUCGAGCACUUCGAGCCCUUGUCAACUGAAAAGCCAUAUAACCGACCGAGGCUGGUUCGUCUAACUUACGAGCAUGCUCGAUCGGAUCAAUCUAAGUUCAACUUCCUGCACGCAUUCCUUGGGACAGUGAAUAUCACGAUAGAUGAAGUUUUCGAUCUCAAUGAUGAAACGAAGAAAAAUAAGAUUCUUUCAGCCUUGAAUACCUUUGCGGAUUUCCUAGUCGACAACUUCUUCCUUCCACUUAAGGCUGCUGGAAACAAAACGCCUCAGCCAUCACCAGCAGCAAACUCCCGAAUCACGAGCACGCGUCCUGUUGUUGGGUCUGUGGAACGAGUGGCGUCACUUAGGCGUGAUUGCUUAGUUCGUGACCGAUAUCGCCGCAUAAUAUCUCGCGAUUUUGAUAUGAAAGAAGCUGAGCGCCGUAUUGAAGAGAGCGGAUAUGACCAUGCUUCAGAUGAUCAAGGACAAUUACUGAAAGAACAAGAGCCCGGAUCAUUUGCGGAAUUGGAAGUCGCGCAUAUACUCCCUCACUCAUUGAUGACUUCGACGGGAAACCCUGAGUUGGUAGGUGAAUUUCCGAUUCUGCAGCGCAAGCUAAAAUUAGUCCAAGAAUGAAUCCAAGCGAACGGCAUUGGCAAUACUUGAUAUGUUUGAUCAUGAUAUCGUGCGUC